AUGCCCAACGCCAGCAGCUUCAAGCCUUUCACCCUGGCACUCAUCCAACUGGGGAGCAUUGGGCCCAAUAAGGCCGAGAAUUUGCGUCAUGCACGCGAGAUGAUUCUUAAGGCUGCUCUUGGGUCCGUUGCGACAAAGAAACCUGAUCUCAUCGUGCUCCCGGAAUGCUUUAAUUCACCCUACGGGCAUGUACAUUUCCCGGUGUACGCAGAGAAGAUAGGGUUUUCCCCGGGAGCGGAUUAUGAUGUUGUGGUCAGUCCGAGUGAUAGCGUGAAGAUGCUUUCGUCGGCAGCUAAAGAAGUGAGGGCAUGGGUGAUUGGAGGUUCAAUUCCAGAACGAGACAUCGCGGACGAUACAAAGGUGUACAACACCUGCACGGUGUAUAAUCCAGAUGGAGAGCUCGUGGCCAUGCAUCGCAAGGUCCACCUCUUUGACAUCGACAUCCCAGGGAAGAUCAAAUUCAAGGAGAGCGAAACGCUCACAGGAGGGACGAGUUUGAACUACUUUGAUACAGACUUUGCGAGGAUUGGGUUGGGCAUCUGCUACGACAUACGAUUCCCGGAGAUGGCAAUAAUUGCGGCGCGGAAAGGGUGCCAUGUACUGGUCUACCCGGGCGCGUUUAACAUGACGACGGGCCCUCUGCAUUGGGAACUGCUCCAGCGAAGCAGGGCGGUAGACAACCAGGUGUUCAUGUCAAUGUGCAGUCCUGCACGGGAUCUGAGUGCAGGGUAUCACGCUUGGGGACAUUCGAUGGUGGUCGACCCGAUGGGCCGUGUGCUCGGGGAAGCGGGGGAGGGCGAGGAGAUUGUGUACAGCGAUAUCGAGCCGUCUGCGCUGGAGAGUGCGCGGGCGGGGAUCCCUGUGACGAAGCAGCGGCGGUUCGAUGUGUAUUCCGACGUGAGCGCACAGUAG